GUCUACGCUUCUGCUUUCUCCGCAUACAUCGCCGAGCUCAAGUGCUGGUUUACUAUUUCAAACCCUAAUCUUUAAUUUUCCCUCCAUUGCAUCAUGUCUCUUCACUCGUAUAUCAACAAGAAAGUAUGCAUCCUGACAGUUGACGGACGGACACUUCUUGGGACAUUACUGUCCACCGAUCAGCUGACGAAUCUGGUUCUUCUGGACACGAUCGAGCGGAUCAUCCGGACCCCCGACGACCCGGAACCGAGCUCCCAAAUCGAACAUGGCCUGUACCUGAUCCGAGGUGACAAUGUCGUACUCUGCGGCGAGGUCGACGAAGGCAUCGACAACGACAUUGACUGGACGAAGGUCCGGGGAGAGGUGGUCAAAGGCACGAAGAACGCAUGAGACGGGAGCUGUUUGAUAACAGUCUACAAUACAAGGAAUUCUCGCAGCAAGAAAAGACGAGCGUUGGUACGAUGGGUGUGGACGAGUUCAGCGUGACAUGGGGCUAGUGCGUGUGCGUGUGCGUGUGCGUAUACGGGUCGGAGGGACCCGUCUCUUUCUCGUGGUGUCGUUCGUCGGAUAGGGGAUGGCGCGUGCCGGGCCAGGGGUUAUUAUGCGAACAUAUGCGCGCGACAAAUUUACAGGAAGGGAUUGGUCGUUAUGUGGUGAUCCAUGGACAUGAUCGGUGCGUCGGGCG